GCACCACUGGCCGUACGAGUAUUCCCACCUGCACCACUAAUUCGCAACCGAUCAAUAUGGGCCACCUCAUUACCGUUGCUACAUGUAGUUUGAAUCAAUGGGCUCUAGACUUUGAAGGCAAUCUUGCGCGAAUCAUCGAGAGCAUCGUCCAGGCAAAGCGGGCUGGCGCCAGUCUCAGAGUUGGCCCGGAACUCGAGAUCCCCGGCUAUGGAUGCUUAGAUCACUUCCUUGAGGAUGAUACGAUCCUACAUUCGUGGGAGUGCCUUUCCCAGCUCAUGCAGCGACCCGAAUGCCAAGACUUGCUCAUCGACGUUGGCAUGCCCGUGAAGCAUAAGUCUGUUAGAUAUAAUUGUAGAGUCAUUAUCUACAACAAGCAAAUUCUACUCAUUCGACCUAAGCUGUCGCUAGCCAAUGAUGGUAAUUAUUACGAAGGACGGUACUUCAGUCCGUGGAGAGGCCCAAGAAUCACAGAGACUCAUCACUUACCUCGUCUCAUCUCUAAGAUCAAUGGGCAGAAGACUGUGACAUUCGGUGACGCUCUGAUUUCUACUCUGGACACCGUGUUUGGAUGCGAAACAUGCGAAGAACUAUUCACUCCAAACUCUCCUCACAUUGGUAUGGGCUUAGAUGGCUGUGAAAUAUUCACAAAUUCCUCUGGAAGCCAUCAUGAAUUGCGCAAGCUUCACACAAGAGUAGAUCUUAUCGCCUCCGCCACCUUGAAAUGCGGUGGUCUCUACUUGUAUGCAAACCAACAAGGAUGCGAUGGAGACCGCUUGUAUUACGACGGUUGCGCGCUCAUCGUCCUCAAUGGGAAAGUUCUUGCCCAAGGCAGCCAGUUCUCCCUGGACGACGUGGAAGUCAUCACUGCAACUAUUGAUUUGGAAGACGUCAGAGCAUACCGUGAUCAGAAAAGUCGUGCAAUGCAAGCUCUGUCCCAGCCGAAGUAUGAGAGAAUGGAGGUGUCUUUCAACCUCUCCAGAGAAGGAGAUGAAAUCGACCUCUCGCUUCACCCUACGACACCCCGUGCGGUCACAUAUCUCCUUCCAGAACAGGAAAUUGCCUUUGGCCCGGCUUGCUAUCUCUGGGACUAUCUGCGCCGGUCGAAUCAAGCAGGUUUCUUCCUGCCUUUAAGUGGCGGCAUCGACUCCUGUGCUACUGCCGUCAUAGUCCAUUCCAUGACACGGUUGGUACUACAGUCAAUCAGAUCAGGAAACCGUCAGGUUAUCGCGGAUCUGCGUCGAAUUGCCGGAGAAGAACUGGACAGCAACUGGGUUCCAAAAACCACUCAAGAAAUCGCCAAUCGCAUAUUUUGUACUGCAUACAUGGGCAUGGAGAAAAUGUCAUCUUCUGAGACUCGCUCUCGUGCGGAAUCUCUUGCUGCCGAGAUUGGUGCUCAUCACAUAUCCUUCAAUCUUGACCCUGUUUAUGAAGCACAGGUCAAGCUCCUUGCUGAAAAUACUGGCACUGACCCGAAAUUCAAGACGUCAGGGGGGACCAAGGUCGAGAACCUCGUUCUACAGAAUAUACAAGCACGACUCAGAAUGGUCAAUGCGUACGCUCUAGCUCAACUUCUCCCUCAGAGCAGAGGCCGCCGUGCAGGAGCAUCUGGAUCUCUCUUGGUGCUUGGUAGCGCCAAUGUCGAUGAAAGUCUCAGAGGAUACUUAACCAAGUACGACUGCUCGUCAGCCGACAUCAACCCCCUCGGUGGUAUAUCGAAGACAGACCUCAAGAGCUUCAUUCGUUGGGCUUCUCGGAAGGAGAAUUUCGGACUGUCUCUGCUCCAAGGUUUUCUGGAUGCGCCACCAACUGCAGAAUUAGAGCCACUGACGGAGGACUAUAUUCAGUCCGAUGAGGCUGACAUGGGAAUGACAUACAACGACCUAAGCGUGUACGGUCGACUGAGAAAGAUCAACAAACUCGGCCCUUAUGGCAUGUGGGAGAAGCUGCUACAUCUCUGGGGCAACAAGCUGUCACCGCAACAGAUCUACGAGAAAGUUCGAUUCUUCAGCUGGAACUACGCCAUCAACAGACAUAAAAUGACUACCAUUACCCCAGCUUACCAUAUGGAAGCUUACGGCGUAGAUGAUAACAGAUUCGAUCAGCGACCUUUCCUGUACCCCUCAUUUCAAUGGGCAUACAGCAAAAUCGAGCGCAGCAUUAAGCAGAUGGGCGAAGCAGGUACUCGGGUGCCUGCUACUGAUGGACAAGAAGAACAGACGUAGUGCUCGUCAUUAUCUACUUAGUUGUUCUGUGGUACUAGUCUUGAAGCUGCCUCGUAAAGGCCAUAAGCCUGUCUUGUGAGUCUACGAAACAAUUCAUCACCCGAUAUUUGUCCUGCGAAAGUGAUGCGCCAGUGACGAUGAAGUUAGCCCCGCAGAACUACUACACUUUGGUUCUCCAAGAGAUUCAUCCUAGCCAUGGAGGGGCUAAAUAUCUGACAGUUCUCGUAUGUUUUGAGCCACGAGUUUUGCUGGUUGAUUCUGGAAGAGAGACUUGCAAUGGAUUCCCUCCACCUCUCCUGGACACAUUGACUAGCUUCUACCCUAUUUGGCCAUCCCAUCUAACUACCCAUGAUAUCUCCCGGGCAUAAAACAUGAUCUUUACGAG